AUGCUUGCGCUCGUUGCCGCACAGCUGAGGGCCAAAGGUCCCAAGAAGGGCAACAAGGCCAAGCGAGUCUGGGUUGAUGUUGGUGGAGGAACAGGCUGGAACAUUGAGGCUAUGUCUAGCUUUGUCAACGUUCCCGAGUUCUUCACAAGCGUCUACCUAGUGGACUUCUCCCCUUCUCUAUGCGAGGUCGCCCGACAGCGCUUCGAACGCCUUGGCUGGAACAAUGUCAAGGUUGUUUGUGAGGACGCGAGGAAGUUCCGACUGGAAGAUUAUGAAAAUGAUCUCCCAAGUAAUCGCGUCCCUCCUCGCUCGCCAGUCCUGAGCUACUUCUCUCAGAAGCGUGCCGAACAUGGCGGCGCCGAUCUCAUCACCAUGUCUUACAGCUUGUCCAUGAUCCCCGACUACUACUCCGUUAUCGAGUCGCUCACAUCGCUUCUGUCUCCAGAUGGUGUCAUGGGAGUCGUUGACUUCUACGUCCAGUCCAAGACCGACUUCUCUUUCCGCAACUUCACUGCUGGGCUUGUUGGGCGUCACGUCAACUGGUUCUUGAGGACUUUUUGGCGCGCUUGGUUCGACCUUGAUCGCGUUGGUCUCGAGGCUAGCCGCCGUGACUACCUCGAGUACAAAUUUGGCAGUGUCCUGAACAUCAACACCCGUAAUUACAGUCUCGGCCACAUUCCUUACUAUAUCUGGGUUGGAUGCCACAAGAAGCCCUUUUCUUCCACCAGUCUGCCGCAUGAGAUCAUUGAGAAGAUCGAUGCCCUUGCCACGGAGUCGCCCUACCUGAUGCCUGCUAACGCGGGUGAUGCUCUCACCCGCGCCAUUGAUCGAUCAGCCCCUGAGAUCCGUUCCAAGGCUUUCAUGGCAGCCAUCCAGAACUUGUCCGCAAGCCUACCACUGCCAUCUUUCUUCUACCAGAACCACCACUGGCGCAUUUACUACGACGAUCAACUCCAGAAACACACCCAGUUCAACGAUGAAUACAUCUACGCAUUUACAUGGGAAGAUUCGAGAGUGGACGAGCACCUUCUGAAGCUCGGCUCUGACGAUGUGGUCCUGGCAAUCACCAGCGCCGGCGAUAACAUCCUCUCCUACGCAAUGCAGAGCCCCGCCAGAAUACACGCUGUCGACUUAAACCCUACUCAGAACCACCUCCUCGAGCUCAAGGUUGCGUCUUACACUGCCCUCCCCUACGAGGACUUUUGGAAGCUGUUCGGAGAGGGAAAGCACCCAGACUUCCGCUCGCUCCUCCUGAACAAGCUCUCCCCCCACCUCUCCAGCCGCGCAUUCCAGUACUGGCUCAACAACGUCCACGUCUUCACCAACACAAAGGGCUACGGUCUCUACGACACCGGCGGCUCCCGCCACGCCAUCCGCGUCUUCCGCUGGAUCUCGCGUGUCUUUGGCUGCCGCGCCGCCGUCAAGGAGCUUCUCUCCACCAAAACUCUCAACGAGCAGCGCGAGGUCUGGCGCACAAAGAUCCGCCCCGCCCUGCUGUCCAAGCUCGUCUGCAAGCUCGUCGUCAGCCAGGAGAGCUUUCUGUGGGCUGCCCUCGGCGUGCCCAAGAACCAGCUGGCCAUGAUCGAGAACGACCACGCCGAGAGCGAGGCCGUAAAGGGACCCUCCCCGACCGCCCGCAAGGUCCGCUCCCACGCCAUCUGGCGCUACAUGGUCGACACCCUGGACCCCGUGGCCGAGCAGACGCACAUCGCCGCCAACAACCCGUACUACCACGUCUGCGUGACGGGCGACUUCACGAGGCAGUGCCACCCCGACUACCUCUCGGAAAAGGCCCACGCCAAGCUCUCGCGCGCAAACGCCUUUGACGGCCUGCGCAUCCACACGGACGAGAUUGACGAGGUCAUCAACCGCAUCACGCCCGGCACGCUGACCGUCGCCGUCAUCAUGGACAGCAUGGACUGGUUCGACCCCGGCGCCCCGGCCGCGGCGGCGCAGAUCAUGAAGCUCAACCGCGCUCUCAAGAUGGGCGGGCGGGUGCUGCUUCGCUCGUCGGCUCUGAACCCUUGGUAUGUCAAGGUCUUUGAGGCCCACGGCUUCUCGCCCAAGAGGGUUGGGGCUCGUACGGACGGAGCCUGCAUCGAUCGUGUCAACAUGUAUGCGUCGUGCUGGAUCAACACCAAGGUUGAAAACCUUCCGCCGCCGACCCCUGAGAUGGAUCACAUAGGAGGUUCUGAGAUCACCAGUUUCUCCCUCUAAUUGUAGGAAAACUGUCCCCUGGGAAAGGUCUGGGACCGUGAUGAGAGUGAUGAUUGACGAGUAUGCUGAGUGGUAUGAGUGCGGCCGUGUAUUAUGCGGCCGCUGGUUGGAAAGGAUUGGCUCGAGAUAUGUGACCCGAAAAUGAUCUAGCGUAAAACAAAGCUCUUUAAAAUUGAUACUCAUUGACCUUCACCGAGUGAGCGAGCUUCUGGUCUGAAGUUGGAGAUUUCAACGUUAGGAGAACCUACUUCUCAGUGACUUUUCGUAAAGAUACGUAAAAGUCUACGACAAGUCGCACCUCGUUACGAGGUCCAGGCUCCUGGAGGUUUCGCU